AUGGGUGAAAGGGUUCGGGUAGGGAUGUCUGAUGACAUGUUUCGGGUAGUGGUCCACCAUGGUGGGACCUUGAUCAAAGAAGUCCCCUUUAAUUAUAUAGGGGGAGAGAUAACUAAUUGGGACGUAGACCCCGAUAAAUGGUGUUAUUUUGGAGUUUUAGGUUCACUUAACCAUAUGGGAUACAUGGAAGUAGAAGAAUUAUAUUACAGUGUCCAACAUGUUCUACAUAAGGUUGAUGAUGAUAAAGGAGCUAUGAACAUGUUGAAUGUGGCUAAGUAUUUGGGGGAAGUGAACCUGUAUGUUGUGCAUGGGGUGGACGAAGCAACUAUCUUACAAAAUGAUGAGAAUGAGAUUCUUUUGCGAUGUGAAGGUCAUGCAGAAAGUGGUGAGGAUAGUGGCGUAAGAGGAGAAGCACAUGUUGAGGGUGGUGAAGAAGGAAUGGAAGACGUAGUGGAGGGUGCAGUGGAGGUUGAGAAUGAGGAUGCACGGGAUGUUGAGAAUGUAAGUGAAGGAUUGGAGGUUCAGAAGCAGGAUUUACUGAAUGUUGACAAUGAGGAUUGGUUGGAUGUUGAGCAUGACGAUGCAUUGGAGGUUGAGAAGGAGGAUUCAGUGUAUAAUGAGGAUGUUCAGCAUGAGGAUGCAGAAGAUGAUGAGAUUGCAGUGGAGGUCGAGAAUGAGGAUGAAGUUGAGAGUGUAAGUGAGGCUGAAAUUGAGGUCGAAAGUGAAGAAGAAGUGGAAGUGAACAGUGAUGAUGUAGCAGGAAUGGAUGAUUUGAGUGGUGAUGAAUACGUGGAUGAUGAAGACAGUGAAAAAGAAACCCAACAGUGUAGGGGUUUGUCAGAUGAUGAGUGGGAGUCUGAUAAGCUUUUAACUCCUGAAAAUAGUGCAAGUGAGGAGGAGGAUGACAAUGAUGAUACAAUAGAUGUAGGUCCUUUUUCAAAAUAUGCAAAGCAGAAGUCCAUGGCAGAUUACAAGUGGGAAGUGGGCACUAUUUUUACUGACAGGGAAGAGUUUAAGGAUGUUAUUAGAAGGUAUGCUGUUCAUGCUGGGAGGGAUCUAAAAUUUAUGAAAAAUGAUAACCGUAGGGUGAGGGUGACAUGCAUGGGUGGCCAAGGUAAGUGCCCAUGGCUAGCUUAUUGUGGUUAUUUGCCAUCACGAAAGAUUUGGCAAUUGAGGAAGAUAAUUGAUACUCAUAGUUGUAGUAGACAACUUAAUAUUAAACUGAUGAAUGCUAAGUGGUUAAGUCAAGAAAUAGAUAGAUCUUUAGUUGAGAAUCCUAGUUUAAAGGUGAGUGAUAUUCGUACUAAAGCAUUAAGAAAAUGGAAUACAAAUGUUACAAUAUCCAAGGCAAGAAGGGCAAAGUUAAUUGCCACAAGAAUGGUUGAAGGAGAUUUCAUAGAACAAUAUAAAAGGGUGUACGACUAUGGACAUGAGCUGUUGAGGUGUAAUCCAGGCUCAACAGUGCAAAUUAAAGUUGACUCUCAUAAUGGUGACCCAAUCUUUCAAAGAAUGUAUGUUUGUCUGAAAGCUUGUAAAGAUAGUUUCAUAAGUUGUAGGCCCAUUAUAUGUUUAGACGGAUGUUUUUUGAAAGGUGUUUACAAGGGGGAGCUGCUGACUGCUGUUGGUAGGGAUCCAAACGACCAAAUGCUUCCCCUUGCCUAUGCAGUAGUAGAAGUGGAGAACAAAGACAGCUGGACAUGGUUUUUGCAAUUGUUAAUUGAAGACCUUGGGGGCAGUGAAGUAUGUGGAGGGUGCACAUGGAUGUCAGACCAGCAGAAGGGGUUAGUCUUAGCUAUCCAAGAGCUUUUGCCUCGGGCAGAACAAAGAUACUGUUUAAGGCACCUCUAUGCAAACUUUAGGAAAAGGUUUGGUGGGCAGGUAUUAAAAAAUCUGAUGUGGAGUGCUGCAACCAGCACAUAUCCCCAGGCUUGGGAGAGAGAAAUGCUGAAAAUUAAAGAAGUCAAUGUUGAAGCAUAUAAAUACCUCAUAGCCAUUCCCCCAAGCUUUCAACAGUGUCCUCAUUCAUGCAAGAGGAAAACCAAUUAUAACAAUGAUGGAGGAUAUCAGAUUGUAUCUCAUGAAAAGGUGGGCCACCAACAGAAGCAAGGUGGCAUCUAUGGAGUUCACAAUAUGCCCAAAGAUAAAGAACAGGCUUCAAAAAGAAUUUGGGCUACACGAAAGAUUUUUGAGGUUAGGCACACUUCAUCUGUUGGGAACAAGUUCACAGUGGACCUGGACACUAAAGAGUGUAGCUGCAGAAAGUGGAUGAUCAGUGGCAUCCCAUGCUGUCAUGCAAUUGCAGCAAUGAACUACUGUAAUGUUCAUCCAGAUAAUUUUAUACCCAGUUGCUUCAGAAGAUCCACAUAUGAAGAGGUGUAUGCGUCCAUAAUUUUUCCACUCAAUGGUCCCCAACUAUGGCAAACGACAAAUUUCAAUGAUGUACUACCACCACUGAUAAGGAAGUUGCCUGGGAGGCCGAAGAAAAAACGCAAGUUGGAGGCAUGGGAGUUAACUAAGGAUGACACUCAAAUGCGUGUUGGAGGGCAUAGGAAAAAGUGUAGCAUUUGCCGUCAGACAAAGCACAACAGGAAUAACUGCCCUUUACGGCCCCAACCAGCAGAAGCAAACCACCCACCAGAAGCAACCCAGCCACCAGAACCAACUCAGCCAACACAAACAACCCAGUCAUCAGAAGCAACCCAGCCAGCAGAAGCAACCCAGCCAACACAACCAACUUCCCAAGCAUCCCGUCCACCAAAAUUCAGAGUCAGAAGAAAAGAUAGAUAG